AUGGCAUCCACUACAGUUGGUGCUCUUUACUCGCAGGUAUCCUUUCUGGACACUCUUUUCCCUGGACUGGGCGUUGCAUUGAGCUACAUCCAUCCCCUCACGUCCGGGAAAUCCCAUCUCGGCGCCCGGCUACUCUGCAUGUAUGGCCUGGUCACUUUCUUGCUGAGGUUUGCCCAUGGCCGUGUUGCUAGGAUCGUGGAAAAAUACUUCACAUUUACUUUCGAGGUCCCCUAUACUAGUAAUUCCUACGACAUACUGAGAAAUUGGAUACAAUCUCAGCCGUUCGCCACAGAGACUCAAUCCACCAUUGUGACUCUCGAAAAAAGUGCCGAGCCGGCAAACGGAACGACGAAGGACACGUUGAAGUAUAGCCCAAAGAAUCUACGCAAGUCUUUUUGGUACAAAGGCAAACUUCUUUAUUUGAGCUCUAUGCCAGAAGAAGGGUUUUUGCAGGGUGAACGGUUCUUCCUCUCUUGCAUGGGUACAUCGUCCGGAAUUCUGAAAGAAUUUCUUCGCAAUUGCCAGAUCACGCUCGAGAAACAAACGGAAAGCAAGACAGCAAUAUACAUGAACGGCGACGGCCGUUGGGAACUCGCCCUGCGGCGGGGUCGAAAGCGGACGAAUACUGUCAUCCUUCCCGAAGACGUGAAGAAUGACUUCUUCGACGACAUUGCGGAGUUCCUUGACCCAGAGGCCGUAGCUUGGUAUGUCGAGCAUGACCUGCUCUACCGCCGCGGUUACUUGCUUUAUGGCGAGCCCGGAACUGGCAAAACAAGUCUCAGCUUGGCGGCUGCUGGACAGUUCGGCCUAGACAUCUAUGCCAUGAACCUGUCCAAAGUCAACGAUGCAACGCUCAACAAAUUAAUGAGCAAACUGCCAACACGAUGCAUCCUCCUUCUAGAGGACAUCGAUGCAAUCGAAAGCGCAAUGAGUCGUGAAAACAUCAAUGCUGGGUCGAGCACAAGCAGCAGCGUCACACUCUCUGGUCUUCUCAACGCAAUUGAUGGAGUAGGUUCCGUGGAGGGACGAGUUUUGAUCAUGACAACUAAUCAUGUCAACCGCAUCGACCCGGCUGUGAUUCGACCAGGGCGUGUGGACAAAAUGGUUGAGUUUGGGCUAGCAAGUCGAGAGAUGCUGCUGGAACUGUUCCGAUACAUCUAUAUACCGUUGUCCAGCAAGGCCGAAAGAGCAGGAGAUACGGACGAAGGGGUCGUCAAAAGCCAAGACGCUCAGGAUAUCCAGGAACUAGCUGUGAAGUUUGCUGAUCGUGUCCCUGAGAUGAAAUAUAGCCCGGCCAAGAUCAUAUCUUUUCUGAUUGCGCACAGGCAUUCGCCUCGAGACGCAGUGGAAAAUGUCAUCUCCUGGGUUGAAAAAGAGGGGGAAGGUUUCAUUCCUCUGAGGCGCCACACUUCUACGAUGAACACGAUGGAAGAAGAGCUGGACGUAGAUUGUUUCAGUGCAACGCUUGGUAUGGAGCUUGUGGAGAAUAGCCAGACGUAUACGGCGAUGAUAUAG